GAGGGGCCGAGGGCACCCGUGGGGCGGGGAUGGGGUGGCUGCGCUGGGGGUAUCCCAUGGCCUCCGUCCGCACCCGCGGGCUCUAUUUAAGCGGCGUGGCGCGGAGCGGCGCGGAGCCGCCGGAGCAUGCACCCCUUCGGGCCGCCCGCCUCGCCCCCGCCGCCGCCUCACGCCCAGGCGCUGCUGGAGGCCGCCGUGUGCCCCGGCCUCUGCCCUCCGGCUCGGCCGCCGCCCGCCGCCAGCCCUUACGUGUGGCUCGGCGGGCACACCGGGCCCUACCUGCCCAGCGGGCCGCUCCUCCCGCCGGGCCCGGAGCGGGUCUGGGCGGCGCUGAGCCCGCCUCAGGAGUGCCCGCGGCCGGCCAGGCCGCCUUACUCGUACUCGGCGCUGAUCGCCAUGGCCAUCCACAGCGCGCCGGGCCGGCGGCGCACCCUCAGCCAGAUCUACCAGUACGUGGCCGAGAACUUCCCCUUCUACAAGAAGAGCAAGGCGGGCUGGCAGAACUCCAUCCGCCACAACCUCUCCCUCAACGACUGCUUCAAGAAGGUGCCGCGGGCCGAGGACGACCCGGGCAAAGGCAGCUACUGGACCCUCGACCCCAACUGCGAGAAGAUGUUCGAUAACGGCAACUUCAGGAGGCGAAGGAGGAGACGGGCUGAGGCCGGCGCGGCCGAGGGGAGCGGCGGGGCCUGCCCCGCCGGCGGGGGGCCCCCGCUGUACGGGGCUGCGGUCAUUCAGAUCAUGCAAAGCUGCCUUUGGACUGUGAAAUCCAUUGGCCAAGGAGUGGGCACACACUUUUAAACAGGAAAGAUGGAGAAACUCUUUCCUUGGCAGAGCUGGAGGAACCUUCCCAAGACACUGACCUUCUGGGCAAGAACUGAUUUCACCCAACACGCAUCUUCUGCUUCAGGAUACAAAGCUCUGGAUCCAGCCAUGUGGGUUGAACUCUAUGUUUUCACCUUGAGACUGUUUGCCCUGGGACAGCACACCUUGAAAAUGCAGCAGAACACGGUGAGAAGAGCCUGGGGGUGCAGGUGCUUCAGGGUUUCCCACUGGGGUCCUUGUAACAGCACAGCAAGUCCAUGGACAAUUAAUGCCAUAUUGCCAGAACUUCUCUUCAGGGACCAUUUCAGAUGAAGAUUCAAUGGACAGAGGCCGUCAUUUGUAUCUCUUUGUGCUUCUGUUGUAGUCUAAUUCUAUUUUUGUGUAUUGGAAAGAAAAGGUGCAUUUUUCUAAUAAAUCAAUCUAACUGGAGAAAGUUGCAAACCCUCUA